UUUAUGCAUAUGCUAUGUUUUCAGUUUUCUUCAAAUUCCCAACUCGGCGAACCUUUCCACUCAUCAAUUCACAUAAGAGAAGAAACAAAAGGAAAAUUUCGGAUCAGAACUUGGGGCAAAAUGGGGAUUCCAUCAGAAAUGAGGGACUUAUUUGCAAACCGCAAGAAAGCUUUGGUGAUCCCGUCUCCAAUGGAAGAUGAAAAAAUGCUGCGCACAAGGCAGUGCACUCAAGAGGGUGUGCGCGCAGGAGCCAAAGCUGCUGCAGUUGCAUGUGUUGCUAGCGCGGUGCCCACUUUGGUAGCUGUUCGAACAAUUCCUUGGGCCAAGGCAAAUCUAAACUACACUGCUCAGGCACUCAUUAUAUCUGCUGCAUCAAUAGCAGCAUAUUUCAUCACGGCUGACAAAACCAUCUUGGAGUGCGCAAGGAGAAAUGCACACUACAAAUCAACCUAAGAUGAAGAACUUUGAGAUGCCUUGCCAUGAGAUAUGUAUUUAUGUUUUGUUAGAUUCUGAAACUACUAUGUUUUGAUGUGAACAUUCUGAAGUUUUAUGGUAUCUUUGUCCAAUUUUACACUGCGUUUCAACUUUUAAUCAA